AUGUCAUCCAGUCUAGCUGAUAGACCUGCUAUCAGUGAAGUUAAGUCAGUGUCCAUAGCAGUGCUGCCAGUUGCCAUUAAUACAACUGUUAGACAACUGCUAACAACUACCGAUGCAAACCGUUAUAUUCUUGAGGUGCUGCAUUAUGUGAGAAAUGCACAUUUCCUAACAAACACAGGAGGAGACAUCUAUUUUGAUGAAAAUGGUGAUGCAGUCACUUUUUAUGACAUCACUAAUGUGCAGGUCUUUCCAGAUGAAAGUUACAAGUUUGAAAAAGUUGGCAAAAUUGAUCCAAGAGUAUCCAGAGGUGAGGAUAUCAAGAUCAACAUCAGCAGAAUAUUGUGGAAUGAACGAUACACUCAGAUUCCUCGUUCAGUCUGCAGUGAAAGCUGCUCUCCAGGUCACAGGCGCAUAGCUAUAGAGGGACAGCCAAUCUGUUGCUUCAGCUGUGUUCCUUGCUCCAAGGGAGAGAUUGCAAAUGAAACAAAUUCGAAUAUCUGCUUGAAAUGCUCUGAUGAUCAGUGGUCAAAUGAAAGACAUGAUGAAUGCAUCCUAAGGGAUUAUGAAUUCUUGGCUUAUGAGGACCCGCUAGGCACAUCACUAAUGGUCAUAGCAGUCAUAUUUUGUUUGUUGACAGCUUCCAUCUUAUGCAUCUUUAUGAAGCACAGGGACACGCCAAUUGUUAAAGCUAAUAACCGUGGCCUCAGCUACCUCCUGCUAUUGGCUCUCAUGUUCUGUUUCCUUUGCUCCUUGCUGUUUAUUGGAUAUCCAAGAGAAAUAACAUGUAUGCUCAGACAGACUGUAUUUGGUAUCAUCUUUUCCAUUAGUGUCUCUUCAGUUCUGGCUAAAACUGUCACUGUAGUCAUUGCUUUCAAAGCAACACACCCCAACAGCAGACUAAGAUAUUGGGUCGGGUCUACAAUAUCAACCUACAUUGUAAUCAUCUGUUCCUUAAUCCAAGUUCUUCUGUGCAUCAUUUGGUUAUUGGCUUCCUCACCAUUCCCAGAAUUUAACACAAGAUCUCAGAAUACUGUAAUCCUAGUAGAAUGCAAUGAGGGCAUGAGAGUGUUUUUCUAUGCAAUGUUAGGGUACAUGGGCCUGCUGGCAAUAAUUUGCUUGGUUCUGGCUUAUUUGGUUCGAAAUUUGCCUGAUACAUUUAAUGAAGCCAAAUAUAUAUCCUUUAGUAUGCUGGUGUUUAUUAGUGUGUGGUUAUCCUUUAUCCCAGCAUACCUCAGCACACAGGGCAAAUUUAUGGUUGCUGUAGAAAUUUUUGCUAUUUUAUGCUCUAGUUUUGGAUUGCUGAGUUGUAUCUUUUUUAGCAAAUGUUACAUCAUUUUGCUGAAGCCUGAGCAGAACUCCUGCUCUGAGUUACAGCACAAUGACACUAAA